AUGGGUAUCCUCCCUAAGUGCGACAACUAUCUACGUCAUCAUAUUGGGCAAUGUAGGUAUAGGAAAUGUGAAACUUGUGGGAAAAUUGGUCAUCUUAAGGAGACGUGUUGGUAUGGUGCUGGACAUGGAAAAGAAGGUCAAGAUGGUAGCGGAAAUCGUGAAGGAAACAACAACAACAACAACUAUCAAGGCGGAAGUGGCACUGAUCAAGAACUAGGUCAAGAUUGCUUUAAUCGUGGUAGCAUAGGGCAUCCCAGGAAGGAGUACCCUAGAGACAAUCAGGCCAGUGGGAAGGUUUACUUGGGAACUAAGCCAAGAUGUGAUUGA